AUGAUGCUCACACUUGGCCUUACCAUAUUGCUAACGUUAUCUGGUCAAUUCACACAUGCAAUCGCUCUGGACCAGUUACAGCUGAAUGAGCAAUGGUCACAGUGGAAACGGGUGCACAACAAACAGUACGCGGACCAAUCGGAACACGAUCGUCGUGAAAAUCAAUGGAUGCAAAAUGUGGUGGAGAUAAUGCAGCACAAUGUACAAUACGAUCUCGGUCUGGUUACCUACGCAAUGGGCGUGAACGAGUACUCCGAUCUGAGUUGGGAUGAGUUCCGCGAUCGCUACGCGACCGGGUUCUUGGGAGGUGUGUUCGAGGGCCAGCAGGAAUCGACUGUAUUCAAUGCGAGCGAAGUGGAUCAAACGAUCGCGAACAGUAUUGACUGGAGACAGAAGGGAUUGGUUCGUCCAGUGAAGAACCAGGGUCAAUGUGGAUCUUGUUGGGCAUUCUCCACGACUGGUGCAAUCGAGGGCCAGUACGCUAAGAAGUACGGUAGACAGAUGGAAUUCUCCGAGCAACAGUUGGUCGACUGUAGCACAAGUUACGGCAAUCAUGGUUGUCACGGAGGUCUGAUGGAAAAUGCGUAUCGGUAUUUGGAAAAGUUUGGUUUGGAACUGGAGAACGCAUAUCCCUACCAUGCACAUGAUGAGAGAUGUCACUUUGAUGGCCGAAAAGCUGCAGCGAGGGUUCAGUCUUUCUCAACCGAACACACCGGGAACGAGCAGACACUGAAAGUGAUGGUGAGCAGCCAAGGGCCGAUCGCAAUUGCUGUGGACGCCGAUCGAGGUUUUCAUCAAUAUAGUCGAGGAAUUUAUCAAAGCUCCAGCUGUUCAUCUCACAGCUUGAAUCAUGCCGUACUGGUUGUUGGUUACGGUGAAGAUCGAGGCAAUCGUUAUUGGAUUAUCAAAAACAGUUGGGGACCGCAUUGGGGCGAGGGUGGAUACAUCAGAGUGGCCCGUGAUCAUGGGAACAUGUGCGGAGUGGCCACAAUGGCCAGUGUGCCCCAGCUCAACUAA